AUGUACCAAUUGAGCGCCGAUGACGACUUUCACUACGAACUUCUUCGCAUCCUGGGUAUAGCGCCGUACGAGGGAUCCGACAUUGGCGAGGUUCUCGUCGCUGCUAACAAGAUUGAACCCCUCUCCAUGCUCAGCUGGUCCAAAUCCUUUGAUGAGCUGGCCACCCAUAUGGGCAAGGUCGCUGAAGGUAUCGAUUCGUCAAAGUACCCAAUCUCGGCACGCAAUGCCCACUUCAAGGCCGCCACCUACUACCGCGCGGCCGACUUUUUCCUCCAUGGCAACUGGUCCGAUCCCAAUAUCAACACGCUCUGGGACAAACAGACGGCUUCCUUUAACGCAGCGCUCAAGCUCAUGACCAUUCCUGGAAAACGCGUUACCUUGCGUUCCAAGGGCGGCCAAUUUAAAGUCCCGGCCAUCUACUAUAGCAGUGGCUCGUCCAAGCCAAGACCCACCAUCAUCAUGUGCAACGGUUACGACGGUGCCCAAGAAGAGAUGUACCACGUCUUUGGUCAAGCCGCGCUGCAAAGAAACAUCAACAUCAUCACGUACGAGGGACCUGGACAGCCCACGGUCCGUCGAGAGCAGAAUGAAAAUUUUUACGCUAGUCACGCACAAUCGAAUUGA